AUGCCGCAGAAUUGGGGCGAUUUGCAAGUCCUAUGGAUCGAUUGGAUCUCCGGAGCCGGGAUUCUGCUCAAUUUCCUUCUCCUAUAUUUGAUCAAGACUGACAGACAUAAAGCCGGUGAUGGCUAUCGUCGAAUCUUGAUGAUCAUCUCUUGGUACAACAUCUUCUAUGCUCUCGUUCAUUGGAUUGUGGGAGUGGCAAUCCUAGUCGAUGAGGCCGGCUAUAUCGCUUUCAGCUCUCGUUUUGCCCGGCACAGCUUCUGGGCAUCGUAUGCUGGAAUACAGGUUUUCAUCGCCUCAUUCAUUAUGUCUCUCUCACUUUUGGCUGCUCAUUGUCUGUAUCGUUAUGUGAAGAUUUCUGGAAGGUUCACUUUAAUCUUCGAACGUUGGUAUUGUAUCCUCUUAUUGAUUGUCUGCAAUUUGCUCUUUGCAGCCCUCGUUAUCGUCUUCUCGAGUUUGACAGUGAUGCCAAGUCAGGCCAGAGAUCAGAUUAGCCAAUUUGAGCUAAUGGAACGCUACAACUUAUCGAUCGUCAACCUUGGCUAUAUUGGACCUGUGUACAGGACGAUGAACUCACAAACUGGUCAAUGGGACUAUCGUUGGAAAGAUCUCAUUGGCAUAAUUGGAUGUCACAGUCUACAAGUGAUCACCUAUAUCGCUAUUUGUACAUGUGGACUUAAACUUUAUUUCUUCCUUCAUCGAUCUCUCAUCAGUCCAAAGGCCAAAGCGAUCAACCUACAGUUGAUGCGUUUGCUUCUGAUUGAGGCCAUCACUCCAUUAUUUUUCGACUACAUCCCAUGUUUUGUGGCAAUGUGGGGCGGAUUGUUAGGUCUACCAAUGAGCGAGGCUGCCUUCUACGUGCCAAUUCUUUUCUCAUGUUAUCCAGCCGCUGAAGCACUGAUGACUACUCUUGGAUUUAGAGCCUAUCGACGUCGUGUCUUUGGCUUGUGGACACCGGCGACGUAUUCCGAGACGCAUAGCUGGGUCGCA